AUGUCACAACGGUUAUUCAUCCGUAUAGCGACUACAUUGGCGCAGCGGUACAUGUGCUUCACAUUGCGCAGUGAUGCUAGCGGCCGACCCGGGUUGUCAACAUAUCUGAAGUGUACCGCUGCAAUUAGGCAGCUUGCCUAUGCCGGACCCGCUGAUAUGUUCGACGAAUACCUACAGUUGGGUGAAACAACUGCCCUAACGACGCUGAGGCAGUUUUGUAAUUGUAUCCAGGCCAUCUUCGGUCCGGAGUAUCUACGGAAGCCAAAUGCCGAUGAGUGCCAGAGGUUGAUAGAUAUGCACGGGAGAGUGCAUAAUUUUUCGGGGAUGUUGGGCGGCAUCGAUUGCAUGCACUGGGAGUGGAGGAACUGCCCGGUUGCUUGGAAGGGGCAGUUCACAUCUGGAUUCAAAGGGAGACACCCAACAAUGAUACUGGAAGCUGUUGCUGACUACCGAUUGCGAAUCUGGGUGAGGGAGACACCCAACAAGGCAUACUACUUAGCCGAUGGGAUAUACCCUCGUUGGCCCAUGUUUGUCAAGACGAUCCGGCAGCCGGUUGGGCCGAAACAAUCCUAUUUCGCGGCCAAACAAAAGAGUGCUAGGAAGGAUGUUGAGCGUGCUUCUGGUGUCCUCCAAGCGUGA